AUGAACAAUAGCAAUCAUACUAAUAAUAAAAAUGGUAAAGAUUCAUUGACUCCAAAUUCUUAUAAUGCCCAAUUUAUAAAUAUUUUCGGUGCAGAUGAUGAUAUUUAUUCAAAUGAUAAUUUAACCCAAUCAACAAAUUUUAAUCAUAACACAAGUAUCAAUACUACCAUUGACAAUAAUAAUAGUCAUGCUGAUUUAUUAAACACUAAUAUUAACGAAAAUAAUAAUAAUAGUAGUAGUACUGGAACUACUACUGCCAAUACUUCUCAUAAUAUUAAUUCCGAAAUUACACCAAGUAUCCUGUUAGAACAACUAGCAUACGUUGAUAAUUUUAUAAAUUCAUUGGAACAAGAUUUCGUCAAUAUAGAUUCAUUAGCAACGCUGGAUCAAUUUGACACAACUGCCAAUGCAACGUUAACGUCAACUUCAGCAAAUGAUAAUAAUCAUAUUAAUAUGAACACUAUUAACAAUACAAAUGAAUUAGAGUCACUAAAUAUUUGGGGGUUCGAUGAAAGACUCGCGAGAGAACUAAGUGCUUUUGCUGAUGAUUCGUUUGUAUUUCACGAUGAAGAAAAACCGGACAAGAAAGUCGAUAGCGAUGAUGAUAGAAAUGACAACAAUAACAAUAAUAAUAAUAAUAAUAAUAAUAAUAAUAACAAUAGCAAUAGCAAUAACAACAACAAUAGCAAUAACAACAACAAUACUUCCAGUGGCAAGAAUAAUACUGAUGAUGAUGAUUUCAAUUCAGAGAUACCAAAAAGAGACGCGCAUUUCUUAACACAGAGAAGAAAUGAUUUUUUGAAAUCACAAUAUGAUAAUUCAAAAUUAAGAUUCUCUUCGAAAAAAAAUAAACUACCCUCAAACUCUAACAACGACGAUGAUAAUAUGGAAGAUUCUUUGAUAAAUUUGGGAAAUAAUCAAACAAGUUUCACUAAUUUCGAUGUUCCUCCUCCAUCAAAUUUACCACUUACUGAAAAUAAUAACACUUCUAAAAAUAAAUCCCCAGAAAUUCAUUUGCCCGAUUAUGAAUCGAUACCAACAUCUACUCUUGUUUCUUUACUGCCGAGAAUCAAGGUGCCAACGGCAGCUCAUAGAACAUUAAUAAAAGAAGGUCUUACUGAAGAACAAAUUGACAUAAUAUCAGUAUUAAUUGCAUACCAUGAACAGGAAAAGUUCAAGAAGAACAACUUGUUCUCAAACAUAUCUAACUUUGAUCUCAACUCAGAGAGUAUAAUGAAAAUGUUAUAUUCAGAUCCAACAAUAAAUUCUUUUAAAGAGAAUGGUUUAAUUUCAUUAUUAAUUAGUCUUGGGAAAAACUCUGAGAACAACUUGGCACAAACUGGGUCGAUCAACGAAUCGGUUCCUCACAGCGCUUCUUUCGACACAAUAAAUAAAGAAUCCAAUAAUGCAUUAUCUAUUGCAGGUACAAAAAGAUCAAAUUCAUUAGGUGAUUCAAUUUCAACCUUGAAUUCGACUACAAAGAAGGUCAAGAAAGAGAAUAUCAAUAAAUACAGUUCAAUAUCAAAAAAAUCACAUACCAAAAGAAAACUGAAAGAACAGGAACUAGAAUCUUCAGUUCAUGAAUUAAGUGAAUUGGCUGUUUCUUUACAACAGAAAAUCCACACUUUAGAAAUGGAAAACAAAUUGUUGAAAAAUUUAGUAUUAAAUAGUGGUAGAUUAGAAGGAACAGAAAAUGCAGAAACAAUUAAAAGAACUAUUUUAGAUAAUGCUAAGAAAAAGGUUGGAACUAGUUUAGAAAAUAGAAACCAAAAUUGA